GCGCGGCGCCUCUCUAUGAUCCGUUGCUGCUUUCAGAGCGGGUGUCAUGGCGGCCGGCGUCGAGUUGGCAGGAGUUGCCCACGGAACUGGGGAAAGUCACUAAAACAGAGGAAGGUGGUCCCACGCGGAUGAUAGGAAGUCGUGAGAAUGAGCAGAGGCCCCGCGGGAGGGACUCUGUCACUGGAGGAGGACCCUUGGUACAUUCCCAGCCAGGCCUCUGCAUUUCUAGCGUUGGGGGUCGUUGAUGUGUACCCCCUGAAGCCGGCGUUGCCUGGGAGCCCCUCGUUGUGUUAUUGAAUCCUGAGUGUUUUGAUUUGGACUAGUCUCGGGAAGGCAGCGGUGCGAGGACAUUUGGCGGGGUCGUCAGACAACGCUUUUCUUGGAGUGGACCACGUCCUUCUUUCACACGCCGCGAUGGCUUCCUGGCUUGGCGGCCUCGGCUCCGGUUUGGGCCAGUCCCUGGGUCAGGUGGGGGGCAGCCUGGCUUCCCUCACUGGCCAGAUUUCAAACUUUACGAAGGAUAUGCUGAUGGAGGGCACGGAGGAAGUGGAAGCAGAAUUACCUAACACUAGGAGAAAGGAAAUUGAAGCCAUUCAUGCAAUCUUAAGAUCAGAGAAUGAGAGACUUAAGAAGGUCUGUACUGAUCUAGAAGAGAAGCAUGAAGCAUCAGAGCUUCAAAUAAAGCAGCAAUCUACAAGUUACCGAAAUCAGCUGCAGCAGAAAGAGGUAGAAAUCAGCCAUCUCAAAGCAAGACAGAUUGCACUACAGGAGCAGUUGUUGAAGCUGCAGUCAGCCACUCAGUCAGUUCCUUCAGGAGCUGGCCAGGGACCAUCAGCCACUGCAUCGCCUUCAUUUGCUUAUGGUGCCAGUCACCAUGCUUCGGCUUUUCGUGAUGAUAUGGACUUUGGUGACGUAAUUUGGUCACAACAAGAAAUAAACAGAUUGUCAAAUGAAGUUUCCAGGCUUGAGUCUGAAGUUGGCCACUGGAGGCAUAUUGCUCAGACGACAGCACAAGGGGCAAAUAGCUCUGAUCAAAGUGAAAUCUGCAAACUGCAAAAUAUCAUCAAGGAACUUAAACAGAAUCGAAGUCAGGAUAUUGAUGUCCAUCAGCAUGAAAUGUCAGUAUUGCAGAAUGCACAUCAACAGAAAUUGACAGAAAUAACUCGUCGGCAUCGAGAAGAAUUAAGUGAUUAUGAAGAACGAAUUGAAGAACUUGAAAAUCUGAUACAGCAAGGUGGCUCAGGAAUUGGAGUAACCGAUCACUCUAAAAUUCAUGAGAUGCAAAAGACCAUUCAAGUUCUACAAACUGAAAAAGUAGAGUCUACCAAAAAAAUGGAAGAACUUGAGAAUAGAGUAAAAGACAUAAAUACAAAAUUGUCUUCUGUGGAAAGUGACAGAGAUGUUUUAAGGAGAGAACAAGAGCUGCUAAAUGUGGAAAAGAGACAAAUAAUUGAAGAAUGCGAAAGCUUGAAACUAGAGUGUAGUAAAUUGCAGUCUGAUGCUGUGAAGCAGAGUGUCACAGUGACAGAAGGGGAAAGAAUUGUUCCGCAGGCUGCAUCAGCGGAGGAAGAAGUGUUCAGACUACAACAAGCGUUGUCUGAUGCCGAAAAUGAAAUAAUGAGACUGAAAAGUUUAAACCAGGAUAACAGUCUCACUGAAGACAAUCUGAAACUUCAGAAGUAUGUCCAAGCUUUAGAAAAAGAGAAUUCAUUAUUAAGUCAAGAAAAGGAAGAACUGCAAAUAUCACUUUUAAAAUUGAGCAAUGAAUAUGAAGCAGUUAAAAGUACAGCUACAAGAGACAUGAAUCUGAAUUCAGAAUUAAAUGAUUUAAGACUUAAUUUGGAGGCAAAAGAACAAGAACUCAAUCAGACUAUUGCUGAAAAUACGAUACUGGUGGCUGAGUUAGAAGAACUGGACAAACAAAACCAAGAAGCUACAAAGCACAUGAUUUUGAUGAAAGAUCAACUAUCAAAACAGCAAAGUGAAGGUGAUAGCAUGAUCACUAAACUAAAACAAGAUAGAGAUGAUGAAAAAAAGAGAGUUCAUCAACUUGAAGAUGAUAAAAUGAACAUUACUAAAGAGUUAGAUGUGCAGAAAGAGAAGUUAAUUCAAAGUGAACUGGCCCUUAAUGAUUUACAUUUAACCAAACAGAGACUUGAGGAUAAAGUAGAACAUUUAGUAGAUCAACUAAAUAAGUUGCAGAAAAAUGAUUUAAACAUCCAGAAGGAGAACUUUGAACUUAAGGAGCGUAUUAGACAGAACGAGGCAGAGCUUUGUAGAGUUAAGAAUGAGUUACCUCAGUGUCUUGGUCAAGACCCUAACAGUAACUUGAAGGACGAUUUACUCAAAGAAAGAGAAGCUGAAGUUAGAAACUUAAAGCAAGGUCUUUCAGAGAUGGAGCAGAUCAAUGAAACUUUAGAGAAAGUUGCUUUUGAUCUCAAAAUGGAAAAUGAAAAGUUGGUUUUAGCAUGUGAAGAUGUAAGACAUCAGCUGGAGGAAUCUCUUGCUGAUAAGAGUCAGAUUUCUCUGGAAAAAGACACCAUUGUGGAAGCUCUAAAAGUGGAAAAAGGACAGUUAGAAGCGGAAUUGUGUUGGGCUGAAAAGAGAGCGUUGGAAAAAGCUAACCAGUAUGAGCAAACCAUUGAAGAACUGUCAAAUGCUCGUGACCUGAACAGCUCGGCCUUACAGCUGGAACAUGAGCAUUUAAUCAAACUGAGUCAAGAGAAAGACUUUGAAAUAUCAGCACUCAAAAAGAAUGUCGAGCAGGCGAAUGCUGGUCAUCAGGAAACUAAGGAAAUCUUGUCAUCCAGUUUAGAAGAACAGAAGCAAUUGACCCAACUUAUAAAAGAGAAAGAAAUGUUUAUUGAAAAGCUUCAGGGAAGAAGUUCAGAGCUUCAGGAGGAAUUAGAGAAAUACACUCAGGCCUUAAGAAAAAAUGAAAUUUCAAGGCAAACCAUAGAGGAAAAAGACAGAAGUCUUGCAUACAUGAAGGAAGAAAACAAUCAUCUGAAGGAAGAGCUGGAACGACUCAGGGAGCAGCAGAGUCGAGCUACCCCUGUGGCUGAGCCUAAAACACUAGACGUCGUUACAGAACUGGAGUCUGAGGUGUCUCAGCUGAAUAUAAUAAAGGGUGGCCUUGAGGAGGAAAUAAAACAUUACCAAAAGACAAUUGAAGAUCAAAACCAGAGUAAGACCCAGCUACUUCAGUCUUUACAAGAGCAGAAAAAGGAAAUGGAUGAGUUCAAAUACCAGCAUGAGCAAAUGAAUGUCACGCAUACCCAGCUCUUUUUAGAGAAAGAUGAGGAAAUUAAGAGUUUGCAGAAGACAAUUGAACAAAUCAAAACCCAGUUACAUGAAGAAAGACAGGAGAUUCAAACAGAGAAUUCUGAUAUUUUUCAAGAAACGAAAGUUCAGAGCCUUAAUAUAGAAAAUGGAAGUGAGAAGCAUGAUUUAUCCAAGGCCGAAACUGAAAGAUUAGUGAAAGGAAUAAAAGAACGAGAAUUGGAGAUUAAACUUCUGAAUGAAAAGAAUAUAUCUUUGACUAAGCAGAUUGAUCAGCUGGCCAAAGAUGAGGUUGGUAAACUAACUCAGAUUAUCCAGCAGAAAGAUUUGGAGAUACAGGCUCUUCACGCUAGGAUUUCCUCAGCUUCCUACACCCAGGACGUUGUUUACCUUCAACAGCAGCUGCAGGCCUAUGCUAUGGAAAGAGAACAAGUAUUAGCUGUUUUGAGUGAGAAGACUAGGGAAAAUAGCCAUCUAAAAGCGGAAUAUCACAAAAUGAUGGAUGUAAUUGCUGCCAAAGAAGCAGCCCUUAUUAAGCUGCAAGAUGAAAAUAAAAAACUGUCCACAAGAUUUGAAAGCAGCGGCCAGGAUAUGUUUAGAGAAACUGUCCAGAAUUUAUCACGGAUCAUUCGCGAAAAAGACAUUGAAAUAGAUGCCUUAAGUCAGAAGUGCCAGACCUUACUGACAGUUCUGCAGACAUCCAGCGCUGGUAACGCCGUUGGAAGUGUUAAUAGUAAUCAGUUUGAGGAGCUUCUACAGGAGCGCGACAAGCUAAAACAACAAGUGAAGAAGAUGGAAGAGUGGAAACAGCAGGUGAUGACCACAGUACAAAACAUGCAGCAUGAGUCAGCCCAGCUUCAGGAGGAACUUCAUCAACUUCAGGCACAGGUUUCGGUUGAUAGUGAUAAUAAUUCCAAAUUACAAGUGGAUUAUACUGGCCUGAUCCAAAGUUAUGAACAGAAUGAAACCAAACUCAAAAAUUUUGGUCAGGAAUUAGCACAAGUUCAGCACAGCAUCGGACAGCUUUGCAGUACCAAGGACCUUCUUUUAGGAAAACUGGAUGUCAUUUCACCGCAGCUCCCCUCUGGAUCUUCACUCCCUUCCCCGUCGGCAGAACCUCUGAAGGCAAGUAAGUCUGAUCAGUUGAGUGAGUCUUCUAAAUUGCUUCAACAAGAGAUAGAAGAGCUAAGAAAGUUACUGCAGGAAAAAGAUGCCACGAUUAGAACGCUCCAGGAAAAUAAUCACAGAUUGUCUGAUUCAAUUGCUGCCACCUCAGAGCUAGGAAGAAGAGAACAUGAACAAACUGAUUCAGAAAUUAAGCAGAUAAAGGAGAAACAAGACGUUUUACAAAAGUUACUUAAGGAAAAAGACCUCCUGAUCAAAGCUAAAAGCGAUCAGUUACUUUCUUUAAGUGAAAAUUUUACCAACAAAGCAAAUGAAAAUGAACUUUUGAGGCAGGCAGUAACAAACCUGAAGGAGAGAAUAUUAAUUUUAGAAAUGGACAUAUGUAAACUAAAAGAGGAAAAUGAAAAAAUAAUAGACGCGUCCCGGGGAAAGGAAACAGAAUAUCAAGCGUUACAAGAGACUAAUAUGAAGUUUUCUAUGAUGCUGCGUGAAAAAGAGUUUGAAAGCCAUACAAUGAAGGAGAAGGCUCUUGCUUUUGAGCAACUGUUGAAGGAAAAGGAACAGGGCAAGACUGGGGAGUUAAAUCAGCUUUUAAAUGCAGUCAAGUCAAUGCAGGAGAAGACGGUUCUGUUUCAGCAGGAGAGAGACCAGGUCAUGUUGGCCCUGAAGCAGAAACAGAUGGAAAACAGUGCCCUACAGAAUGAGGUUCAACAUUUACGUGACAAAGAAUUACGCUUAAACCAGGAGCUAGAGAGAUUGCGUAACCAUCUUCUAGAAUCAGAAGAUUCAUACACCCGUGAAGCUUUGGCUGCAGAAGAUAGAGAGGCUAAACUAAGAAAGAAAGUCACAGCAUUGGAGGAAAAGCUGGUUUCAUCUUCUAAUGCAAUGGAAAAUGCAAGCCAUCAAGCCAGUGUGCAGGUAGAGUCAUUGCAGGAACAGUUGAAUGUAGUCUCCAAGCAGAGGGAUGAGACGGCCCUGCAGCUUUCUGUUUCACAGGAACAGGUGAAGCAGUAUGCGCUGUCACUAGCCAACCUGCAGAUGGUCCUAGAGCAUUUCCAGCAAGAGGAAAAAGCUCUGUACUCUGCUGAGCUAGAAAAGCAAAAACAGCUUGUAACUGAAUGGAAGAAAAAGGCAGAAAACAUGGAAGGGAAACUGAUAUCAUUACAGGAACGUUUGGAUGAAGCAAAUGCUGCUUUGGAUUCAGCAUCAAGACUUACAGAACAGUUAGAUCUGAAGGAAGAACAAAUCGAAGAACUUAAAAAACAAAAUGAGCUCCGAAAGGAAAUGCUGGAUGACGUACAAAGGAAACUGAUGGAUUUAGUAAACAGCACAGAGGGAAGAGUGGAUAGGGUCCUGAUGAGAAACCUCUUUGUUGGACAUUUUCACACACCAAAAAAUAAGCGUCAUGAAGUGUUACGGUUAAUGGGCAGCAUCCUGGGUAUCAAAAGGGAGGAAAUGGAACAGUUGCUUAAUGAAGAUCAGGGCGGUGUUACCAGGUGGAUGACUGGAUGGCUUGGAGGAGGAUCAAAAAGUGUCCCCAACACACCUCUGAGACCAAACCAGCAAUCGGUGUUUAAUAGUUCUUUUUCAGAACUCUUUGUUAAAUUUCUAGAAACAGAAUCUCAUCCAUCCGUUCCUCCACCAAAGCUUUCUGUUGAUGACAUGAAACCUCUAGGUUCACCAGGAAGAGAAAAACUAGCUACAGAUGAACUAGGAAGUUUUAAAGAAGCAGCAGGAUCCAGAGCCAGUAGAAGAACAGAAGUGAAUCCGUUCCUAGCUCCUCGCUCUGCAGCUGUGCCCCUUGUGAACCCAGCUGGACUUGGAACUGGUGGGUCUGGGCAUCUUCUUUUGAAACCCAUCUCAGAUGUUUUGCCCACGUUUACACCUUUGCCAGUGUCACCUGACAACAGCGCUGGAGUUGUGUUGAAAGACCUUUUAAAGCAAUAGAUGAUUCUCAAGCCAGAGAUGAUAGAGCACUUUAAAGAAACCAUGGACACUAUGUUUAUGUACUUUAUCACACAGUGGCCUUUUAGAAAAAGUCGUGUAUUCGUUUGCCAUUGUACUUUCCUCUGAAUUUAAUAAAAAAUUCUUAAUGCUUUUAGACAUUGCAGAUGUCACAGGAGCAAGCGUUUGCUAUAUAAUCUGCUUUUUUCUCCUCUGAUUUGUCCUCAUUCAAGCUAGAAAUAUCUGAUUUACAAAAGACUAAAUAAAAAGAAGGACAAAAAUACUAGUAGCUGUAUAUCAAUUCAUGGAUUUCCUUCUCCAAUUUUAUAAGCGUAUUUAAGCUAGAGACAUUUGGUUUAAUUUUUAUCUUGAUAAAAAGAGAAAAAUAACUGGUAGUGACUUACCUGCAUAGUGUAGAGAGUCGAUCUGAAGCACAUAUCAGUCAUCCUUACAGAUCUCUGUGUGGACAGGUCAGGAACGAGGCUGUCCCUGGGAGCUCAUGGGUGUCCUGAGGUGGGUGUGCAUGUAUGUGAUUGUAUAUGAUUUUAUCACCGCCACAGUCAAGAUACAGAGCAGUCCUGCAAAGGGUCACUCGGGGCCACCACCUUCCCUACCUGCUCUCCGUUCCUACAAGUUGAUCAUUUCAAGACUCCUGUAUCCUGGUGGCACAGGUGGCAUAGAGGUUAAGAGCUACGGCUGCUAACCAAAGGUUGGUGGUUCAGAUCCACCAGGUGCUCCUUGGAAACCAUGUGGGGCAGUUCUACUCUCUCCUGUAGGGUUGCUAUGAGUCAGAAUCGAUGACGGCAAUGAGUUUUUUUGUUUGUUUUCUUUAAUAGAAAUAGCCCUACAGUAUGUAACCUUUUGAUAAAGGUUUUUUUUUCAGCAUAAUUCCCUUGAGAUCUAUCCAAAUUGUUCCAUGUAUCUGUCGGUAGUUCCUUUUCAUUUUUGCGUACACAGUAUGGCUAUAUCAUUUAGUUUUAAGAGCUAAGGUAUCUUUUUAAAGUUAUUGUCUUGAAACUAAAUGUUUCUGCACAUGAAUACAACUUUCAUGUAAAUGUGAAUCAUACGGCUGCGUCUACAUAAGCGUGAUGAACAAUAACGCCGCUUGUGACACCCCUCCUGGGGUGUUGACGCCUGAGGUACACAAAGAGAGCGGAGUCACUUCGAGAACACCACACCAAGUGCUGGGAACUUAAGAGUAAGAGAGGAUUUCUUUAAUUUUAUGUUAAACUUACAGUACAAGAUCCUGACUUGGAACUUAAUUGUAUCAAGAUGUUCUUGUCUGUAUUAGUUGUUGAAGCUGUGUGAUUGAAAAGACAUUUCUUGCAAGUUUUGUAAAUUUCAAUAUGUGUUUAAGAUAGAAGUGUUUGUAUAGCAAGGAAAGGUGAAAAUGAUACUAAUCCAAAUAUGUAAAUAGAGGCCUGGCUCCAGCCGGGGCUAAAUUUUGUCGGUUGUAAAUUUUGCCAUGAUUAACUGUAUACUUUCUACUGUAUCUGGAAGACUGGAAGUCUUUAAUUAUAUGCUGGUGGAUGAAACUUGUUUUUCUGAAAAAUUAAAUGAGACAAUGCUGUCUGCAAAUGUCACCUGUUUCGUUAGCUAAUGUAUUUACAAUGCCAUUCUUGAUGUCAUAUACCUUACAGGAAGUUAUCAAACAAGUUCUACAUUAGAACUGUCAGAGCGUCUCCUGUUGGUUUUCACCAUUAUUUCUGUAUGAAAGUAUUACUAUUAGGUUUUCAUAUGCUCUUGACAAAGAUACUUUCACUGACCGUCUUUAAUUACUUGUGGCUUGCAUUGCAGUUCAUUUCUGUGUGAAGGAAAAAAAAAAAAGACACAUGGUCUUAAAAGUUCUCUCUCUCAUAUCAUUUGAAAAAGAGAUGUAUGGUGAGGAUUUAAGUAGCAUGUCAUCAUAUUUUAAAUGAAUUUUAUGACAUUUUGAAUAUUUCCUUCCCUGACCAAAACAGCCAGUCCUCCUCACCCCAUAGUUUAACGUAAGUUUGAAAGUUGUUGAUGGAUUGUGUAUCUAAACAUCAUGUGGCAUGAUCCUACGUGGCUGCAUUUGAAAUAACUAUGUGACCUUGUCCUAAAGCUAUCGGAUCUAAUGUUUUAGUUGUAUCAUCGUCAAACUGUACUGACUAGUCCGCAUACUAAGUGUGUGUUGACUUAAACCAGACAUAACUCAUCGACUUUUGUGAAAUAGGGUUGUGUCAGAGAUGAACCAUCUGCUCAAGGAAUCUUCUUAGUAAUCCUACAGUGAUGACGCGUUUAAUUCUAAUGUUAGCAAUGGAACGUCGCUAACGGUAAUUCUACUGCAGAACUUUAACUACAAUAAUUUUACUGUUUACUUCUCUAUAAACUUACUAGAAUUUGUGGGUGAAUUCUGCCUUCACUGCCACGGUUUUUCACAACAUUCCCAAUUGUUUUCAACCUCUGUGCUGGAGUAGAACAUUCUUCCAGCCAUGGAAUUUGAUUUUAGUAUAAUCAUGUAUUAUGUGAUUGUUUGAGUUUUAGUUCCUUCCAUUGUUGAUUUAAAAACAACAACAACAACAACAUAACUAUGGAAUAAUAGAAUGGCUUUCUUACAGCUAGCCAAUUAAAAUAUUAAGUAUUCCCCCAAAUAAAGCUUCCGGUUUAUUUUAACCUUUUAAUGGUUAAUAAAAAAGCAAAAAAGAGACUGUCAAAAUAGUUCCUGAAUCAGUAGGUUGAAAAAAACAAAAAACAGAGGAAUGAUGAGAAUUAUGUAGAAAGAGCUAUUAUGUGUCGAAGUAUUUGAAUUUUCAUUUUUAAAGCUAAUGAAAAUGUUAUGUCAAAGUAUUUAAAAGGUCUUCCAUCAGUAAAAAUUUAUCUUUUUAUUUUGUAAAUAUCAAGUGUCAAUGAUAUUUAUUUCAUAUAUUCCUAUGGAAAAAAUAAUGGUACUUUUAAUGUUCUGACACUUGUGAUCACUUGUCAGUCUUUACUUUUUAACUUAUUAAGUUGCUGAAUUGUCUUUGAUCUUUAGGAAAAUAUCUGAAUGUGGGGAAUUUACAACACAAAGCUUAAUGUUAGUUUGUGUCCUAUAGCGCUAAAGUCGAUGCAUUUCUGGAUUUCUCAGGAGCACUGCAAGGCAAAAAAAUACUCCAAAUAAAAAUGAUAUAUAUAAGUUGGCAAUGUCUUCAUCCACAAUAAAAAAAAAAAUUUUUUUUAGCAAA